UCGCCAAUCCUAAGAUGGCGUCAAAGUGACAUGCAUUUCUUGAUAGUUUUCAUACGAACAAUUGAGAAAUUAAACUUUCGCAGUGUUUACUUUUACAAAUUGUCAAUAAAAUAAAUGGAAUUAUAAAAGAAUAGCGUGUGUUUUAUUAUUGUAAUUGAGAACAAGAUAAAAUUUGCAAAAAUGACGCUAACUAACAGAAUGGAGGUAGAUGAGAAGAAUGCAAAAGGAGAAGGUUUUAAACCAUACUAUAUAACGAAGAUUGAAGAACUACAACUAAUAGUAGCAGAGAAAAGUCAGAAUUUAAGAAGAUUGCAAGCACAGCGUAAUGAAUUAAAUGCAAAAGUGCGUAUGUUACGAGAAGAAUUACAGCUUUUACAAGAACAAGGUUCCUAUGUUGGAGAAGUUGUAAAACCGAUGGAUAAAAAGAAAGUUUUAGUUAAAGUUCAUCCCGAAGGAAAAUUUGUAGUUGAUUUGGAUAAAAAUAUUGAUAUUAAUGAUGUAACACCAAAUUCAAGAGUAGCUUUGCGCAAUGAAAGUUAUACAUUGCAUAAAAUUUUACCUAACAAAGUGGAUCCACUAGUUUCAUUGAUGAUGGUAGAAAAAGUACCAGAUUCUACUUAUGAAAUGGUAGGAGGCUUAGAUAAACAGAUAAAAGAAAUUAAAGAGGUUAUCGAAUUGCCUGUUAAACAUCCAGAAUUAUUUGAUGCACUUGGUAUCGCUCAACCAAAGGGUGUUCUUUUAUAUGGUCCACCAGGAACAGGAAAAACUUUGUUAGCAAGAGCCGUAGCACAUCACACAGAGUGCACAUUUAUUCGUGUAUCCGGUUCAGAGUUAGUUCAAAAGUUUAUCGGUGAAGGAUCAAGAAUGGUUCGUGAAUUAUUUGUAAUGGCAAGAGAACAUGCUCCUUCUAUAAUAUUCAUGGAUGAAAUUGAUUCCAUUGGUAGUUCUCGUAUUGAAUCUGGAUCUGGUGGUGAUAGUGAGGUUCAACGGACUAUGUUGGAAUUACUUAAUCAAUUAGAUGGUUUUGAAGCAACCAAAAAUAUCAAAGUUAUUAUGGCCACUAAUAGAAUAGACAUUUUAGAUCCUGCUUUACUUCGACCAGGUCGUAUAGAUCGUAAGAUUGAAUUUCCACCUCCUAAUGAAGAAGCUAGACUUGAUAUUCUUAAAAUUCAUUCUAGAAAAAUGAAUUUAACGAGAGGUAUCAAUUUAAGAAAAAUUGCUGAACUUAUGCCAGGUGCAUCAGGAGCAGAAGUCAAAGGUGUCUGCACAGAAGCUGGCAUGUAUGCUCUUAGAGAACGACGAGUUCAUGUAACUCAAGAAGAUUUUGAGAUGGCUGUUGCUAAAGUCAUGCAAAAAGAUUCGGAGAAAAAUAUGUCGAUUAAAAAAUUGUGGAAAUAAUUACUUCAAAUAAUCUAUCAGAUUGUCAGAUUGAUAUCAAUUAUAUAUUGCAACUUUUAUAAUAAUGUUUCUAAUAUAUAUAUAUAUUGAUCAAAUUGUACGUAGAGAAAUAAAAUUAAUUAACUUUACAAACAAAAUCAUAAGAUAACUUGUUUGAUAUUCGUGUAAUUUCUAUUCAAACUAAUAUGAAUACAAAAAUAACCAGAUUCAUCAAAAUAUUUAUACUAUAAAAUUUCGAUGAAAUUGUGUUUUAUUAACAUGAAUAAAAAUAAUUUGUUGUUAAAUGUACUUUAAUAAAACUAUAAUUUACUCAUAGUUAAACGCUUUACUAUGUUGACCACGAGAUGCCGAAUCUCUAUUUAUUCUUAUAUAUUGUUAUUUAUUUGUUUGUUCUGACAAUUGAAAUAAUAUAUUAACGUCUAAGCAAUUUUAAGACCUCCCCGCUUCGUAAUCUUCGUACUCUUCGUAGUCUUGAUUGUAUAAGAAAAUGACAUUAGUGAAUUAAUUAUAUACAUACAUACGAUUUCAGAAGGUUGAAUAAUAAAAUUAUAAAAAUUGCUUAA